AUGCGUCUUGCACAGCACAACACACACUCAGCUGUGCCGGGACAAGUGUAUGCCAGCUUCAAGGUCCCGCAGCGUAUUACCUUCACUCUCAGUAAGGACUUGUACGCCGCAAUCACAAUCCUCGCGGAGAACCUCCCAAAUAAGUUAAUGUUGGGUAAAUCCACGCAACUGUUUGCUGCUGUGGACUUGGCUCGUCACAAUGGUAACUAG